AUGGCUGUGAGCGAAUCAUCCCCUCAACAGAGUUUGUUACCGUUCAGGCUUCUACUUGUAAUAAAGAAUCACAGCAUGGAGGUAGUUGACUUGGCGAAGACGGCGCCGCAGCUGUACUCCAUGGGCGCCUGUGGCACGGCACCCGUUGAUGGCGAGGUGGGCGUGGCCACGUGUGAGGCUUACAAGCGCGAAGAGCCGGCGCGAUGGGAUGGAUUUUGGAUGGAGAUGGGCAUCUACAGAGGGGUCCGCAAGCAGCGUCAGUGCUUUGCGUAUUACGUUGACUUUCACCGCUGUACUGAGUUGAUGGGUCAGGACUACAAACCUUGCAAUUCUUCCAAAACGUAUACAAAGAUGCGGAUUUCGAACGUGCAUAAAGUCUCUAGUUUUGAGAAAUGA